AAUCGCACAUUAAACUAGAGGCAGCCAAACGGCAGAAACAGCAUGCGCAUUCCGGUGGCAACCCCUAAGUUUUUCGGCCGGACAAACCACUGACCACCACAAUCGUCGUUGGAAAUGGAGCGACUGCAGCCGGGAGACGAGUGUCUGGAGUGCCAAAGUGAAGGCAGGAAUCACAAGCUGCGCUACUUUUAUAUUAGUCUCGAGGAGCAGCUGCUGAAGUGCGAGUCCAGGAGCUGUCUGUGGCCACACAACGAUGAGGUGUCCUCUGAUGAGGAUCUGGACUCGGAGGCAGCACUUUCCAUCACUGCUCUACAAUCUGAACUUUUAGAAUCUCCUGCUGCUACGCUACCUUCUCACCCAACGGCUUCAACGUCCAAACCUCCUCCAGAUGAUGACGACGAAUUUAUACUGGAACUGCUGCAGCAAUUGACACCUGCCACAGAAACCCCUCUUAAGACAAAUGUGAGUCCCAGCUCCAUGCCAGAUCUGCACUCGCCUUCAGAGGAAAAGCCCUGCCCACAACUGGAGCUUCCAGACUUAAGCUUUCUGGAGGAGAACAUUGCCGUAAACGAGGAACCCCCACAAGCAUUGAAAUCAGAGCUGGGAGUACCUUCAACUGUCUUACCCGACAAACUAAGAAGUCUGCCCAAGGCAAAAACUCUACAAACUCAGGACACCAAAGCUAAGCAACAUUUGGCUCCACUGAAGGGAGCUACGUCCCCAAGCUGGCAAGGCAAAGCUGAAAUACCUUUACUACCCGCUUGUGUGAAGGCAAGUGUUAGGAUGUCUCCUAGCAUCAAAUCUAAGGGGUCUCCCUUCAGCAGUCUGCCCAAGAAAGCAUCCACCCAGCCGCAAAGUCAGUCACCACCGUCAACACCGCCUGCCGUCAAUAUUAUUAUCAGUGUUCCGGAGAUGAACACGGGAAUGAACGGCAUGUUUCUAGACGCCAUUAAACGCCAUUCCACAGAAGCCAAACCCUCUCUACGUGGCGCAGGGAGACGCCCCAAGCGCUUGGCCAGAGGAACCAAUGCCAGGGGCAUUCGCACACAGGAUGUGAUGCACUUGAUUGAGCAUUUGGAACUUACGACACCACGGACGCAAUAGGCUGGCAUUUAGCUUACUCAAGUAUUUCAAAUAAAUUUGCAUAUGAAAUUAUGCAUGAAACCUCCGGAUAAGAA